CCGCAUGCCAUACCCACUUCUCUCCACAGAUCAGAGCUGUUUCGGCCAUGGCGCCGCCCCCUGGGCCAGGCGAUCCGCAGGAGGCCACGAGCGGAGAUGAGUUGAGGGAGUCGAGAAAGGCUCGGAUGGAAGCUCUUUGCGCCAAGCUCACGAUGAAAGCCAAGAAGGCGCAUCAAGAACGAGCCGACGAACGCGACCGCACGACGGAGCGCUGGAGCGGGCUUCGAAUUGUGGACCGCUGCAUUCGGCAGGAGAAGUGGGACGCAUCCAUGCGGGGAAAGGACUUGGUUCCGAUUCAGCACUUGGGAGGACUGUUGCGGAAAGGCAAAGACAAGGUCGUCAUUGGAGUCCUGUGCGGGAUUGGCAAAGUCUCCACAGAUACGGUCUCCAACACCACAUUUAGCGAGUGGAAGCUGACCGAUUUGGACCUGGACUCCCCUGCUGAGGCCACCCUUGUCAUGACUGGCCGUGCUUUAGAGCACUGGAGCUCUACAGGGGCCAAGGUGGGAGACAUCUUGGCCGUGCUGAACCCUCAGCUCUCUUGCCGCAGUGGGGCCAUAAGGGUCACCUUUGAAACGCAGGUGAUCCAAUUGGGCAGAUGCCCGGUCUUCACUUAUUGCCAAGCUUCUGAUGAAGGCCGACCCUGUCCGCGGCCAUGCCACCAAGAGGGCACGGGCUACUGUGGCCUGCACAGCAAGCGUUCUCAUGGUGAACGAUGUGUGGGAACACAGGUGUCCCAGAAACGCCGGAAGCUGUGACGAGGGGCCCGCGGUGCCUGACCGUCCGAGAAUUGGUGAACGCAGAGCGUGGUCUGUUCAGAGUCCUUCAUUAAAGUAGUG